AUGGAGAUAUUUGGUACCACUGUCAAUGCUCAAUAUGCAUUGGUACAAUUUGGGUGUGGUGCAAAUCAACCCUACGGUUAUGCAAGUUAUGUAACUGGUGCCUGUUAUCAAGUAGAUAGUGCCGCUUCGGUGAUUGUCAAAAAGAUUAGUGCAACACAAGUUGAAUACCAGAGAUACACCAAUCCCAAUUGUCAAGGUACUUCAUCGGCUAAUCCCUAUAUUGUUGGUACUUGUUUUCUAGGUCAAUUCCGUUGGUCUCUUACCACUACCAAUUCAAUUUACCCUGCCAAUAAUAUUGUCUAUUUCCAAAGAUAUUCUUAUGGAGGAGUAUGCCAAGAUGGACCAUCAACAGCAACAUUUGUUACAUUACCAAAUAGAUGUAGUGCUGGAUUUGAUAUAAACUUGCAACCAAAUGGUGAUAUAUUAAAUGUUGUCAAUCAGGCUUCUACAUCGGUCAUGUUAGAGAUGCAUGGAGGUUGUGCCAACACAACUCUACAAGUAAUGCCACAAAGAAGUUGUUCUGUACCCAAUGCCUAUAGCAUUUUCAAUGCAUAUUACUUGUCCAAUUGGAAGUUGUCUAUCACCCAAUUCGUUCCAGUCACCUACAUGCAAGCUACAAUUCUAGUCGACUUUGUUCCAUCCGGUCCUAUUGUUCCAAUCAAGGUCGAAGCUACCACCGAUGUAUCAGGUACACUCCAAUACUCUGUUGUAUGUGCUUCGAUCAACAGUGGCACUGCUUGUACCAUCAACAAUCUCUCGCCAAGUCAAUCUAUCAAGUUUAGAGCAACCUAUUUAAAUCCACAGUCCGUACUUGGUGAUUCAAUGGACCCAAUCGAAUCUGAUUACUUUACUAUGCCUUCUGCACCAAUCGUAUCAGAAAUUAAUAUUAUUAGUUUUACAACUUCAACUAUAACAUUUAAUUAUUCAUCUAUUGGAGGUAUACCAACUAGUACAACAUCAUAUUCAUUUGAUAUUGUAUCAAUUGAUAAUGAUACAACUACACCUGUCAAUCAACCUCCAACUACCUCUACCACGUAUACCGUCACUGGUCUCCAAGCCAAUGCAAACUACAAGAUCAAUGUCUAUGUAAGCAAUGGUGGUAUCAAAUCAUCUGCCCUCCGAUCGAAACAAGUCCAACUCUAUCAAAGAAUUACAUCACCAAGUGUUCAAUUGGUAGCUACCACCAAGACCAUAUUGGUUAGUUUCUCUGUUGCCAAUGGUAUACCAAAUGCCACCGUCUACUCUGUCACCUUUAAUGGUCAACCUGAACCAAAUUGUUAUCCAACAUUGGUCGGUGCAUCAUCUUGUUUAAUUAGUAACAAUAUCCUACCAAACACUCAAUAUGUCAUCAAAGUAGUUGCCAACAAUGAUAACUUUGAUCAAACAACCACUCAAUCUAUUACUACUUUUAAAUCUAUUAGUGAUCCAAUAUUAAAUGGUAAACCAUUGAUUACAACUAUUGAAUUAAAUUUUAAUAUUAGUAAUGGAAUUGAUAGUUUAACAACCAGAUCAUUGUUUAUCAAUGGUGUACUCGUUCCAACAUUGGAUUCAAAAACAUCAACUUUAUUAACCAAUCUAAAUCCAUCAACCAAUUAUAAUCUAACCAUUGUAUUUAAUUGUGAAGGUUUUAUUCAAAGUUUAACAAAAUUCUAUUUAACUUUGGAUGAACCAAAAAAAGUAGAAAUUAUAUCAGAUAAUGAUUUAAAUACAAUUAAUUUACAUUGGACAUCAAGUAAUGGUGGUAUUGUAGGUGAAACUGUUUAUACUCCAUCCAUUUCUUAUGAUGGAGUAGAAUGGUUUGAUAAAUGUCAAGAGACAAAGCAACAAAGUUGUUUAUUUGACAAUUUAGUUCAAAAUACAACCUAUCAAUUCAAGGUGACCACCCAAAACUCUGGAUACACUGUAGUGUCGGAUGUAUUUAAAACAUUGACAACACUUGUAAACUCUACAUCUUCACUCUGUACCAUUUCCUCGGGUACAUCGGUGCAAUGUAGUGGUAAUGGUCAUUGUGUUGAUGCUAUGUGUCGUUGUUUUGAUGGAUUCUCUGGAAUAUAUUGUGAAAUGACACAAGUUCCCAUUCAAAAUACAACCACUAUCGCUUUGGACCAAACUAAUCCAACUGUCCAAGUCACUAUUGGUUCUUCAUAUACCUAUAGUCUCCAAUUGGAUUCAGUUGUAGAGAUGGAUACCAACAACAAGUUGGUUUCUCAACCUAUCAAUCUUGAUCGAUUGACUUGGUCUCUUCAAGGUCCAUUUUCACAGCCAUUAAAUGACAACAACAACAACAAUCUUGUCAUUAAAUCUUGGAAAUACACUUCAUCCAACGGUCAAAUAGUAAUAGAAUUUAUUCAAUUACAAUCACAAUCGCAAUCACCUUUACCAUCUUCCACAUCUGCUGAAAUUAUUUUCGCAGGACAUACUAUUCUUCUCAACUUGAACCAAAUCAAGUAUUCAAUUAGUUUUACCAAUCUCCAAAUUAGUAGUACUGAAGCGGUAUAUUUGGCAGUAAAUUCAACCAUAUCAUACCCACAACUACAAUCAUGUUCAGAUUCAUUAACAAAUAUUGUUUUUAAUCAAAAUCAAGACUCUCACCAAAUUGCAAAGUAUUUUACUUUUAGUUUUGGAAACAACUCUUCAUCCUCCUCCUCUUCUACCUCUGCAACAUUGACAGGCAGAUUUGUAAAUAGAGUCAAUCUUUUAACCUUGCCAACAAAGAUUGAUAGUUUUGUUGAAAAUGAUAUCAAUUCAAAGACUAUUAAAGUAUCCUCUAUAGUUCCGCUUGCAAAUCUACAAAGUCAAUCUAUUAAAUCAUUAAUGAUUGACCCAGAAUUUGAUUUGACAGUAUUCAAGCCAGCCAUUUGUCAUCAACCAUCUUCAUCAAACUCUAGUGAUAAUGAGGAACAACCGAAAAUCAAAGAAGAAGAGAAUAAUUCAACCAAAAUGAUUAUUGGUAUUGUAGUUGGUGUCUCUGGUGCAAUCAUCCUUGCUACUGCUUCGGUUAUGAUGUACAAACGUGGCUUAUUUGGAAAAAGAAAUAUUAAUCAAAAAAAAUUGGUCGAAUUAAAUAGACUUUAA